UGGAAUAUUAGACGGCCAGAAGAGGUUUGAGGACUCCCUGAGGAACUACAGAAAUAUACUUUGAUCUACGUGCAAUCCAAGUUCACACGUCUAACAAAAAUGCCUAUAUUGAAGCAGCUGGUGACAAACUCUGCUAAUCCUAAACGCCGGUCUCGGGCUGAUCUGACAACUGAGAUGAUCAGCGCUCCUCUUGGUGAUUUCCGUCACACCAUGCAUGUGGGCCGGGCUGGGGACGCCUUUGGAGAUACCUCCUUCCUCACUAGCAAGAGUGGGGAGGGAGAGCAGGAAGCUACGGAGGAGACCAGCUCCUUCUCCAAACCUGGCCUGCUCUCACGGAGGUUUCGCAGCAGCAAGCGGUCUCAUUCCGUGACGCGUGGUGACCGGCGGGAUAUGCUGGGCUCUCUGAGGGAUUCAGCUAUUUUUGUGAAGAAUGCAGUAUCCCUACCCCAACUCACCGAGAAGGAAGUAGACAAGAGUGGUGGGAAGCAGCUACCCAAGAGCCUCUCCUCCAGUCCUGUGAAGAAAACCCCCGAGGAGAACAUCCUUCAAGAGAAACACACAAAUGGUGCUGCUGAAGUCAUCAACUCCAAGCCCCACAGUCCUGGCUCGGAAGAGCGUGAUUUUGGGGAUGUGACUGAUUUGCCUUUAGUCAUUCCCAAGGACAGCUACGGCAUGAAGCAUGCUGAGUCCAUCCUUUCUUUCCAUAUUGAUCUGGGGCCUUCCAUGUUAGGGGACGUCUUGGGCAUUAUGGAUAAGGACUUGUGGGAACAAGAAGACUCUGGUUACCAUGGAGCAGAGGACCCCCAAAGGGAAGUUGGCUCCAUAGAGACAUCAGCAGCCCAGUGGUUUAGCCACGAAAGCAAACUUGUCCUGGAUUCUGUGAUUCAAAAUGAUGGCCACAGAGUGGUCACUUACAGUCCUGGAUCGGCUCGCAGCAUCACCAGUCGUACGACCAUAGACAGCAGUUCGGUAUCCAGCUGCGUGUCCAUGGGGGAGGAACAGCGAAGCGUAGCCUCUAAAGGACCCAGCCACAGCCUUCCAGGUGAUGGGAGGCACAACCCUGUGAAACAGCCAGAGAAGGAGUUCUCCUUCAUGGAUGAGGAAGAUGAAGAGAUAAGAGUAUAAAAAGCCGUAUACUCCCUUUGAGUUGAAGGAGAAAAUGCAAUUGAAUCUGGAAUAAACAGCAUGAUACGAAGAAAAAAAAACAGUUUUAAAUGCUUUCACCAGCCUUCUUAGGCUGCAGAUUUCAUCAUGAUUACUUUCUUAAAUAGGCUGCUGGGGAAAAAAAAUUUCUUUCUUUCCCCAUUUGGGUGUAUUGCAAGGGUCAAGUUGGAAAUCACAUAUAAAUGGUGUUUUGUACUUUUAAAAUAAUUGAUUCCUAUGUUCAUAGGGAUGCCUAAAGUAGAUGCUUGAAGAUAUUUGGAAAAAUGUUUGACACAAAUCUGGCAUAUUCAAACUUCUUUUGAAAAGGAUAGCUCUUGGUUUUAACUUAUCUACUUGCCUGUUUAAAGCAAUACAGAGCUGAAUAUUAGGACAAAGCUCAAAAGCACUAGUUUCCCUAUUAAUAUGUAAAUAUAUUUUUAUUUGUUUUCCUUUACCUUUGUACUAGUGCUUUUAAGAUUUUUUUUCUUUGUAUUUCCAAGGAGAAUUCCUUUCUUCACCUUGCAAUAGUAUGCAGGUUGUUAUAUGUUUUUAGAAAGGAAAAAAAAUAGGAGUUUGAAAUAACCAGAUCUUUCAAAUCUACAUAUUUGGAUGCCAAUAAUGUUCUCCUUUGGGCAGACCUCUGGAAGUAUUUACCACCAAUGGAAAUCUCAUUAUAUUUCUUUUUAAAAAUCAUAUGACAGAACUCUUUGGAAAGCAGAUUGAGAAGAAUUACACCUCUUAUGUCUGCCAUCUACAGCAGGACCUUCUCUUAGUUCUUGAGGGAACCAGAGAUGGAAAGAAUAAAAAAUUUAACCUAGCUUGAAACAGACUUCCCCAUUUCUAAAAUUUUGUUACCAUUUAGAGUGACCACAUGGCUCUUUCUACGGUAGGAAAACACUCUUGGAGAUGCAUAAAGCUGCUGAGAGAAAAAUAUCCAACAAGGUUGAUCAGCCUGGCUACCCAUUACUAAACAAAAGGUUAAUUUAUUUUCCUCUUCAGGAUUUUCCUGUGAGUAAGCAGAUGGGAUGUCCUAAGAACUGUCUAUGUCAUUAGAUCAACCCAUGAGGGACGGGGACAGAGAGACAAUUAAUUGGGUGACUGCUACUGACUUGCAUGUUUUCAGAUGUAAAUGUUAAGUCCCCCAAGUAACCUAACCAGAUAGGGCUUCAUUCUUUCUUAGUUUUUAUUUCUUUAGAAUGUAUCAGCAGAGCUGACUGAAGCACAAAGAGCUUAGCAUUCGUCAUUCCAGGAACAAUGGAGAAGGGCAGUGCUAAGUUCCUUCUCUUUGAAACUGUUUUCAGUUAACUACCUUCCCCGGCAUCUUUAGGAGGUGCUCCUAACAUUCCUGUCUCAAAGAUGGAUUUUAUUUGGGGUUGGUGGGUGGGGGUAUUUUUCUUUGUUGGCCUUUAUAUUUUGCUGGGCAUUAAACACUAAAUUGCUUUUUUUUUAGAUUUAUAUAUAUAAAUACGUUAUGUAUUAGAUGGGCCCAGUCCUUUUGGAGAAGGAGUAUUCCUUGGCUGUGACUUGUGUAUGUACAUGGUAUUUGUUCCAUGCAUCUGCUGGAGGAUUUUUUUUUUUAAAAAAACAACCAGAAGUGUUUGUUUUCAAAUACAAGGAAAUUAAACUAUAGUGAGGAAAA